CUUUAUGUGAAGCUUACUUGAGCUGAAUUGUAGAAGUGAAACAUAAAUUUAUGGAGUUGGAGUUGGACCUAUGUCAACCAGGGCCUGAUGAUAGUACUAUAUAUAUGUAAACACCCACAAGCUAAACACCUCAGCAAAGAAGAAGAAUGGCGUUGCUCGGCGAGUACAGCAGUCAGGAGCUCCUCCAGGGUCAGCUCCAGCUCUGGCACCAGUCCCUGGGCUUCUUCAAGUCCCUCGCGCUCGCGGUCGCCAUGGACCUCCGCAUCGCCGACGCCAUCCACCGCCUCGGUGGCGCCGCCACCCUUCCCCAGAUACUCGCGGAGGCCGGGAUCAAGAUCGACCCGUGCAACAACAAGCUCCGCGACCUGCGCCGCGUCAUGCGCGCGCUCACCGUGUCGGGCAUCUUCACCGUCGUCCAGCGACCAGCGUCGUCGUCAGAUGGAGGCGGCAGGCGUGGCGCAGAAGCGGAAGGUCCGGUCUACAAGCUGACGGCGGCCUCCCGCCUCCUCGUCGUCGGAGAGAAGGAGAGCUCGACGACGGCGACGACGAGGCAGCUGCCUCCUCCUCCUUCUCUGACCGUUUAUGUGCAGCUCUUACUCGAAACCUGCCGAGGAUCCGCGUUCAGCAGGGCCGUGCGCGAGUGGUUCCAGUUCCAGCAGCCGCCGCAGGAUGAUGGGCAGCACCAGCAGCCGGCUGGCCGCCUGUCGUCCCCGUUCGCCCUGGCGUGCGGCGGGCAGACGAUCUGGGAGCGAGCCGAGCGCGACGCCCACGCGUUCCCGUUCGACGACGCCAUGGCCUCGGACACCGCCUUCCUCAUGCCGAUCGUGCUGAGGGAGUGCGGCGACGAGGUGUUCGGCCGUGGCCUGACCUCCCUCGUCGACGUCGCCGGCGGCCUCGGCGGGGCUGCCGCCACCAUCGCGGCGGCCUUCCCGGACCUCAGCUGCACCGUCCUGGACCUCCCGCAUGUCGUCGCAAAGGCAGCUGCCGGCACCACCGACAGCAACGUCCAGUACGUUGCCGGUGACAUGUUUCAAUGCAUCCCACCGGCGGACGCGGUGUUGCUCAAGUGGAUUCUUCACGACUGGAGCGACGACGAGUGUGUGAGGAUACUGAAGAACUGCAAGCAAGCCAUACCCCCACGAGCGGCGGGAGGGAAGGUGAUAAUCAUAGACAUGGUGGUGGCCGGACCAGGAUCAGGAUCCGCGGACGAUGAGCCGUCGGAGUCGGACUUGAGGCACGUAGAGACGCAGAUCUUGUUUGACCUCUUGAUGAUGUGCGUCAACGGAGUGGAGCGAGACGAGCAGGAGUGGAAGAAGAUCUUCUCCGAGGCUGGGUUUCAGGACUACAGGAUUAUGCCGCUUCUGGGCGUUCGAUCCAUCAUCGAGCUCUAUCCUAAUUAAAAUUAGUAUACUGAAUUGAAAGCUAAGCUCGCCACUCGCGACAAGCUUGUUGUGGUUGUGGCUGGGCGUGUGGUGGUGAUCGAACGUGUGUUUGCC